CGUGCUGACUGCUCACACGCCCGCCACGACGGGGUCCAUUUGAGAGCAGUGCAGUCUUCGGCGUAUCCAUUUUGCAUACACACACAACAAAAUGUCGUCUACAGCCGAGCUUAUUAAGCAGUGCAAAGUGAAGACCGCGAGCGUCAAGCGGCUUCACAAAGAGUUCCUUUACUAUGAGAAGGAGCGCGAUCGCGAGCAGGCGCGUGUCGACAAAAUGAAGGCGGAUAAUGCUGAUGCUAGCGACCUCAAGCAGGCGGAAAACGUGCUGCAAGAGUCUGCUAUGAUGAUUCCGCAAACACGACAGCGGUUGGAGGCAGCGGUGGCGGAGCUGCAGUCUUUCGUGAGCGAGAACGAGGAGGACGUGAAGGACACGGAGGAGCUCACGGCAGCGAAGGAGAUGCUGGCGGAAAUUGAGAAGUUGUUCAAGUGACAUGCCGACCCGCGUUGAGCGUCUGUAGCGUUGCGAUGACAUGUGCGGAGCUGCACAUGUGGGAAGGGGCUCAUCUCGAGGUGUGAAAUGGCAAGGGGAGGUGCGUGCGAGAAGAGCACAGGGCAGGAGGAUGGCAUGGAGGAAGACGUGGGCCGUGCCCGCGUUGACAACGCGGCAUUUAGUGAUACGUGAUUACACCCACAAACUCAACCAAACACAUAUAUGCAUGUAGAUAGCUGGGUAAAUGGGACAGCUGUGUGCACAGCAGGGACUGCGUUUUACACACGCCACGGCUAAGGGACAGAGGCCUGGCGUGACCCUGUGUAAUUGUCUGGCUUU